GGAGCUUCCAUGGAAAGAGGAACAACACAGAACACUACGGCAGAAACAGGAAAUAGCCCAACUUCUGCAACGGCCGAGUCAUACAUCUGAUAAACAAGCCUCGUAAAUCUCCUUUUUAAGAUAUGCCCUCCUCACAUUAAAGGCGUGCGCUUGAAGCGGGGCGGGGCAUGGAGUUAGCUGUCAGUAACGCCGCCUUUGACUGGACUCAAGUCAGCUGAGGCUAAAAGCAGGAAGCGCGGCUCAGUGAGUGAGUGAGAGUCGCCGAGACGGGAUGGAGCUGCCGCCGCUGACCGCGCUCGCCUUUUGCCUCGUCAUAUCCACGGGCGGGUCGCAGGGAUUUACCGUCGUGCCGGACAAGAGCGACUUAUAUGUUGCCAUCGGGGGAGACGCGGUGUUCACGGUGCGGCCGUCUAGUGCUAUCGGUAGCGGAACCUGGGUUUUCAAAUCGAAAAGUAUCGUCCAGUGGGUCGGAACAGGCCUGCAGUUCCAUCCUGAGUACAAGUCACGGGUGGAUUUAAACCUCACCACCGGGUCGCUGACACUGAGGUCGGUGAACGAGUCGGACAACGGGGUUUACACAGUGAAUCUCAAUGCAGUUGGCAGCGUCGCUCAAGCCACAGCGACCAUCAAACUGCAGGCACUCGAACCUGUCUCUCAGCCUGUGAUCACAUCCAAUGACGCCCGCCCUGUAGAAUACACUGACACGGUGACUUUACAGUGCGUGGCCGUGGGCACGGAUGUCUCAUAUGCCUGGUCCAUGAACGGCCUAACGCUUAGCCCGAGCGACCGGCUGGUCUUGAGUAACGGCAACCGCACUCUCAUCAUCAAUGGCGUGCUCAGAUCGGACAAGGAGUUCACCUGCACUGGGUCCAACCCGCUCAACACAAACACCAGCGAUCCAUUCCUGCUGGACGUCAGCUACGGACCGGAAAGUGUUAACAUAUCCGUCAGCCCCGAGCAGGCCAUUCACACCUCUGGCACGAACGUCUCUCUCACCUGUGCUGCUGUUUCCAAUCCCGCCCCAGAAUAUCAAUGGCUCUUCAAUGGGCUGUUGCGACAACGCGGGCGACAACUAGUCAUUGCGGCCCUUGGCUUCUAUGACAUGGGAAGAUACACCUGCAAGGUGUUCAACAGUGUGACCGGAAGGUCAAAUUCCACUUCGCGAAUCAUCACCGUUUUUGAGCCUGUUUCCACACCCUAUAUCAUCUCCAAUGCCAUCAGCUCCAUAGAGCACAAUGACACCGUGGUCUUGAGCUGUUUCGCGGCCGGGACUGACGCCUCUUACACGUGGAGUGAAGACAACAGCGUGAUAUCUAACGGCGGCAGGUUGGAACUGAGCGCCUAUAACACACUCACCAUUACCGGAGCAUUGCGGUCGGACGGGCCGUUCACCUGCCGGGCCUCCAACGCGGUUAGCGCGGAGACAAGCGCGCCGUUCCCUCUCAAUGUCUUUUGUAAGUGGCCGGGCCAUCAUUCAACACUUGUUACCAGUCCUGCUGAGCGAGAUGAUUCAGGGGAGAGAGGGCAGUAG